CAAGGCUUUAUAGGCGAUAGGUACAAUUUUUUUCUCUCAUUAGUCAUUUUCAGUUUUUACAUUUGCGUAUCAACGUCGCUUCUUAGUUUCAUAAGAUUAAUAAUAAUUUAAUAAUUUAAAGCUAUUACCAAAAAAAUUCAAAAUGGUUAUGCCAGGAAUGACUAUAGAGAGCUUGAAAAAACACAAGUCCUUAAUCCCAUUGUUUUUUUGUCUGGGCAUUGGUAUGGCGGGUGCUGGUUUCUAUUUGACCCGACUGGCAAUGAAAAACCCAGAAGUGACAUGGCAUCCAAAGAAAAAUCAAGAGCCAUGGGAAGCAUAUAAAGAAAAAACUUACAAAUUUUAUUCUACCAGCUCAGAACCUCCAGUCAGUCCAGCUCCUAAAUAUUAGAAAUUCACCAAUCAACAUCAAUAUUGUUUGAUCGGUUAUAUAAAAUGAACAUAGUGUUAUAAUUUUUUUUUGCUGUGUUUUCUAUAUUAAAUAAAGAAUUGAUGUUAAAAUGUACUUAGAUAUUUGAUUAUGAAAACAUUAUAUUUAUAUACACUUUGUUCAUCUAACAUCGGUGAAUUUCAUGUGAUAGUCUUGUGGCUAUAUUCAUAAAAUAUUGUCUAGAAAAUAUAUUAUUUAACUUUAUGAAUAAAUUGUUACGAGUAAAUUGUUC